UUCCUUUGCCAAUAGGGUCAGAGUAUUUCAUCUGGGCUUCUUAUAUCUAAAUUAUUAAAAUGGCUAGGUUUUCUUCUUUUUCCCUGUUCUUCAUAAUAGCUGGUGCUUAUAUGACUCCAGAAUGUUUCAACAUGAAAAUUAUUGGAGGGAGAGAAGUGUCACCUCACUCUAUGCCAUUUAUGGCCUCCAUCCAGUAUGAUGGAACUCAUGUGUGUGGAGGAGUUCUGAUCCAUCAGCAGUGGAUACUGACAGCAGCCCAUUGCCAGCUUCACUUUGCCAAAGGCAAGUCUCCCAAGGUGGUUUUAGGAGCACACUCUCUCUCAAAGAAUGAGGCCUCCAAACAAAUAUUUGAGAUUAAAAAACUCAUACCAUUCUCAAGAUUUAAAUCAGAUCCUAAAUCGAAUGAUAUCAUGCUGAUUAAGCUUCACACAGCUGCAAAACUCGACAAGAAUGUCCAGCUGCUCCACAUAAGAUUCAAAAACGAUAUUAGAGCUGGAACCAAAUGCCAGGUUGCUGGCUGGGGAACCACUGAGCCAGAUUCGUUAAGCCCCUCGGAUACCCUGCAAAAAGUCACUGUUACUGUGAUAAGUCGAAAACUUUGCAACAGCCAAAGUUAUUACAACCACAACCCUAUUAUAACUAAAGACAUGGUAUGUGCAGGAGACACCAAAGGCCAGAAGGAUUCCUGCCGGGGUGACUCAGGUGGCCCCUUGAUCUGUAAAGGUGUCUUCUGUGCCAUAGUUUCUGGAGGUCACAAAUGUGGUGAAGCUAAGAAACCUGGAAUCUACACCCUAUUAACCAAGAAAUAUGAGGCUUGGAUCAAAAGCAAACUUGCAAGUUAAAAUUACGAGUGAUUUUCUUGGAUCUACUAGUCACUUGCUUUUUUUCAUAACAUGAUCUACAGGCCAACUUGAUCUUCAGAUAUGAUUUGUUGUAGUUAAAACAGGGCACAGUUGGCAUCUAGUUCUGCCCCCUUAGGGCUGAUUUUGUUAAGGAAUCAAGUGCUUUUUCUCAUCUAUCACUAAUGUAUCUCUACUGUGCUGAUUUCAUUCUGAAUAAAAUUUAGAAGACUGUUUUGUCUUUUAUGGAAAUAAGGUAUAGCAAAUGAUAACCCCCUACUCCACCUGCCAUUCCCAAAGGGCAAACAGAUGAUUAAACAAGACAGUAAUGAUACCAUCUUCAACUAGGUAUACCUUGUGAUUUCUGCUGGAUCGUCAUAUGUUGUCUUUUUUGAAAAGAAACAGUAAAUGCUAAUACCCCAACUCAAAUUAGAAAAGAAUCAUCAAGGUUUAUAGAAAUAUUUAGGAUAGCAUUUAUUAUUUAUUUAUGCCAUACUUUGUUCCAGAAAGGACUUAAUCAGUGUACGCAAAUACCUGCAAUAAAAUAAAAUUUAAAAAGUAAUUUGGGGAAGAAAUUGAGGCAAAGGGGAAAUGAGAGUAGGAAAAAGAUGAAGGCCAGACUGUUGUUAAUGCCCAAAGUCCCUUCAGUUUCUUCCUAUAUGUUUGCUAGAAGGAGUGACAUUUAGCUUUAUGCUUUCCAUUAGCCAAUGCAAAAAGAUCAACACUAUCCGUUAUGUGAAUGACAGUCUCCAGGAAAUAAAAAUAAACUAUUUGCUUUGCCCAGAAGUAGGACCACUUGUGCUGGAACUGAAACUAGAGAGAAAUUUUCCCAUUGUCUGCUUAAGGACACUGUGCCAUGGUUCCCAUACUCCUACCAAAGGCAUCAGGAUCACCUGAGAAGAUUGUUUUUAAUACAGAAUUCCCUGGCCCCUUGCCCAAAAAUUCAGAUUGAAUAAGUUUGAGGUGGGCCUGAAAAUCUGUAUUGUUUAAAAGCAAGUCAAUUGAUUCUGAUAAAUGGGUAAAUCUGAAAUCCACCGAUAAUGAACAGCCUUAAUAACAUCUUACAAUAAAGACAGCAAUGGGGAUUAUACAGCAUGGGAUUGUUUUGUAUAAAUGCUUCAGGGUAAACUGAUGGCUUAAGAUCAGAGUGCAAUUCAGUAAGUGCACUUGAGGGUCUCAGCUGCCUUAGUCUGGGGUAGUCCAAUGACUAGAGCAGUAACAAUUUCUAAUCUGGGGUGGUGGUGGGGGACGGGGAGAGUCCUUCAGGCUUCUCCUCCAUCAAUAGUCAGAAGUCAAAAGUUAACCUCAGCUUUUAUAUUUAAUUUGAGUGUCAGGGGGUAAAUAGUGUUCAUUUCCAGGUGACACAUUGAGUUUUCUUACAUUCAUAUAGAAAUGGAUGUUUUUGGUUGGUUGGUUGGUUAGUUGGUUGGUUGGUUAGUUGGUUGGUUGGUUAAUUUUUGGCAUGGUUCUUGGAAACCAGUAACAAGCACAACACUGAACUAUGACUGCAUAGACAAAUGGAAGCACUGGUAAAAAGUAACCUAAUUAAAAUUACAGAAAUGUUUUGAGAAGAUAGAAGUAAAAACACUUUUCUUUAAAUAUUUCAUCUUGUGUUAUUUUGAUUCAUUAAAAAUAUAUUGAUUAUGACCCCAAAAUCCCAGAGUAUACUUUGUAAGAAAAGAAAGGGGAAAUUUUGGAGAGACUCUGGACUCACUAUUUAAAAAAUAAUUAUAUAUCUAUUUCCUCUAAGUUUCAAAUCCAUGGAGUUUAUCUCUGUAAGUCUCUUUAACAACAAGGACUGUUGAGAUCACCCCUGAUUCCAGUUGGUGAGUAUCCUGAGAAGCUGUUACUAAAACCUGAGAGUUGCUUUUUUAUUUCAGAACCUAUGCUGUUGACAUCCAAUAGUCAAACUAGAUUAAACUGCCAGACAGGAGGCUUCUUUCAACAGCUGUGGCAGACCUGGAGACUCUGAAAUUGGAAGAUAAACAGUUUAUUUUGACAAGCAGCUGAUAAAGGAGCCACAACUGAAAUGUAUUCCUUAUCCUUUCAGGGAAAUACUAUUUGGUUAAACAUAUGAAUAUCUCCCCAGCGGAGCCUAAAAGAAGAUAGUAUUUUAAUUUGGGGCGUUCUGUCUUUGAGAGCUUAUUUGAUUCUAUCCACGACCUCAAAGGGAAGUUGAGAGUCAGUUGAGGCAAAUAGCCAGAUUUAACAAUCGCUUAAAGGUUUUAGGGGAAAACGGUUUGCUGAGUUUCUGGGUGGUGCAAAUGAUUAAUGUGCUUGUCUGCUAACCAAAA